AUCUAUAUCCAUCGCGCUAAAUGUAGCGCACGAGCGCCGACAAGAACACGUACCUCUUUACUUCUUCCUUCCAGCAGUGGUUGUCCGAUCGUUCGAAGCUGCACCCAAAGCAGCCAGCGGCACCAGUACAGCAGCACCAAUACAGCCACCAGCAGUGAGCCGGGUGUGAGAUCACUCAGCACAGCGACACGGACUCGACUGUCAACUGAUGGCCUUGAAUAAAACACUCUUUUGUUUGGCUAUUCGUACACACGGACCGGAUUGUAAUAGAACGACCACUUUGCACGUCCGUUUCUGUCGAGUGUUCGACGCGGAAUGAGCGUCAGCAUUGGCAACCAGUCUUUUCAAAGAUUUUGAAAUGAAAGAUCAGCAUGGCGAACCUCUCAUCAUGGAUAAAUCGAAAGUUCGUAGAGAAAGAGAGAAAUGCAGACGAAUAGUGCUCCGCAAAAGGUUUGAUGAUUCCAGUUUAAUAGCGUUUUCAUUCGACGGCAGAAAAGAUGAUACUUAUACGAGAGAAAAAAAUGAUGGUAAGUAUCAUAGUAGGAUGGUGAAGGAACCUCACCUUGUUAUUUUGAGAGAACCGAAUUCUCGAUUGAUUGGUUACGCAAGACUGGUAGAGGAAAGUGCUGAAUACAAAACAACAAAAUUGAAUGAAUUUUUCAACGAUAAAAACAUAUCUCUGGAUGCAUUGAUUGGCAUAUGCACUGACGGUGAGCCAACAAACACUGGCACACACGGUGGAAUUAUACGAAGAUUCGAAUUGCUGCUAAAAAGACCAUUGCAUUGGUUUGUUUGCCUUCUACACUUCAACGAACUUCCGUUUCGACAUUUGUUUGGGGGUUUGGAUAAAUCAUCCACCACUGGACCAACAUCAACAACCGGGAAACUAAGCAAGCAAAUUGAAAAUUCUGAAGCUCUUCCGGUGGUGAGCGACUUUCAGAGAAUUGCGUUGGAAAAUAUGCCUCCUGUUGCAGAACAGCACGAAUAUUCCACCGAUUCGCAGUACUUAUACGACAUGGCACAUGCAAUUUCUAAUGGCGUGGUUUCUGUGGAUCUGGCUAACAUAAAACCAAGGAAAAUUGUACAUUCUUGCUGGCUCACCAAGGCCGCUAGAUUAUUACGAUUAUAUGUGACAAUGAAAAAACCACCUAAAAAUUUAAGAAUUCUGGUUGAAUUUAUAAUUAAGGUUUAUGUGCCAAUGUAUUUUAAUAUCAAGUAUUACAGCUCUGUCGUGUACGGUAGUGAAUUAUUUUUCAAGUACAUUACUUGGGCACAAUUUCAGGAGCCAAAUUUAUGCACUGUUGUCAAUCAUGUAAUUAAAAAUAUUUUGCACAUUCGGAAAAUAUCUUGCUAUCAAUGUUGUUUGAUGAUAGGAAAGAGGUGCGCGACUCUGCUAUCAAGAAAAUUUUACGAUAUCGAGACAAUGUUGAAGACCCAUCGGAACUUAGAGAAUAUAAAAAACCAGAUAUAAACUUCCAUUGCUUCGAUUACACGAAAAUGAUCGAUUUGACUGAUAAAAAUAACGUAUUUGAACCACCAUUCACGCGAAUCAUUCCGUAUGAAACAUUGAUAGCAUAUUUAAAUGAAGAUGAUUCACCAUUUACUGAUCCGCAUAUUCCAUUACAUAUACAAGGAACGGAACAACACGUUCAACUGCUAGCUAGCGUUUCCAAACGAGUAAUAUCGGAAAAUGUAGAGGCUGUUAUGGAGGCGACAUUAGAGAGCCGUGCGAAAUUGCCCAGUGUUGAAACCAAAAAAGACUUCAAACAAUAUUUUUUUAGUUUCUUUCCUAUGUUCUGAUCGAAUAAAUUUUUAAAGAGAAAACAAAAAUCCAAAAACAAAAAAAAACAUUUUUUUCCUAGAAACUUCAUUUGUGCGGAAAAAUA